ACUUUUCUUGCAGGGAGGUACUGCUUAUCGCUCCCCCAAAUCUCUCCACUGACUCACCAGAGGAGGACAGGACGCUCCGGAGCUGCACGCGCACGAUGGACUAAACCUCCCGGAGAGAUCAACAGUCUCAGCUGUGCUCCGACACAAACAAGUGACUUCCUUUGAGUCUUUUUCAAGCCUCGGGACGCUCAGCUAUCGUCAGAUCUCCAGCUAUGAUUCAGAGGAAGGAGGUCGUGUUGUCGGUUCUGGGGGAGCUCCAGGAGGCCACGGAGAGCGCCGGCCUGGACGCUCUGACCAGAGUGGCCCUGGAGGUGGACCGGGUCCUCGCUCCCUUUGAGCUCCCAGAAACCCCCUGUCAGGAUUUCCCCGAGUGGGCAGGUGUGGAUGAUACGGCUCAUGGUUUGUACCCACCUGAUGCGCCCAGGAGCCUCCUGCCUCUGAACUGCAAAGGAGAGGGCAACCUGCUGUUUGAUGCCGUCAGCAUGCUGUUAGUGGGCAACACUGGACUGAGCUUGGAGCUACAG